CACAACGCUCGUAACGAGACUCGCAUUAUUUUGGUGUUUUUUACGUUUUUAACAAAACAAGGAUGAAGUGUUGUGUUUUACAAUGUCAAAGUUACUCAGACAGACGUUCUGAUAACAUGGAUGGCAUCACAUUUCAUCUAUUUCCAUCUGACAAUAAUUUAAAACAACUAUGGAUUGCAAAACUUAAUAGACCGGAUUGGACACCAACUAAAUACACGAAGAUUUGUUCUUGUCAUUUCGAUGACGCAGACUUCAUGGUGACAAAAAAAGGCCUUAAAAAAUUAAAGAAGGGCUCUUUACCUAGUUUAAAACUAGAUUCGCUUAACAGAAAAUUGGCAGACCCUGUCAAAUCAUCUAUAGACUCUACCACAGAAUACAAAUUACUCACGGAGGACCCUACCACAAGUAAUUUGAAUGAAUUUCUCUUACUAAAUGAUUCGCCUGGAAAAAGGAAGCUUAAGCAAGAAAUAGAACAUUUGCGAUAUAAAGAAAAAAAAAGUGGAUUAAAAAUCAGGAGACUACAAAUGCAAGUUUUGCGCUUGAAAAAGAAGGUUCGAAGUUUAACUGCAGUAAUUAAAGACUUAGAAAACAAAUAACUUCUGCAGGAAGAGGACGCAGACAUUUUAUCACGUAAUAAAUCUAUAAAUAUUUAAAAGAUGAAAGACUUGGUUGGGCGACAAAUUUCAAAAAUCAAAAAACUUCCCUUAAAGAAGAAAUAUUAUCCACCUCUCCUUCGCCUUAUCACUUUAUUAUUAUUCGCCAAAUGUAUACUCGUAUGUUAGAAAAACGUUUAACACCUGCUUACCGCAUCCGAGAACCAUUUCUAAAUGGUAUGAAACUGUUGUUGGUGAAACUGGAUUUACAGCUGAAGUUUUUAAAGCACAAUAUUUAUUUAAAUCGCAAUAAAAAUGUUUCCGGCAAACGCGCUUUGUGCAGUCGUAAUAAUGGACGAGAUAGCUACAAAAGAGCACGUUGAAUGGGAUGGCCAUAAAUAUCACGGCUAUGUUGACCUCGGACUUAAUGACGUACAAAAGGACAACUCGGAACAAGUGUCUCAGGCUUUGGUACUGUUACUUGUUUCUCAAAUUGAGAGGUGGAAAUUAGCUAUGGGGUUCUUUCUAAUUCAUUCUAUGACCGGGGAACAAUGGGCUUCAAUAGUGAAACAAUGUCUUUACAAAUUCGAAGAAAAUGGUGUCGACGUUAUAGUUUCCCUGACGCUAGACGGCUGCGAUGCAAAUAUUGCAAUGUAAAA